ACUAAGAUGGCCACAAAACCGCCAUACCUAACAUGGAGCAAAGAAAUGGCCAUCUCUCAGCGAAUUUGAGCGUAAUCACAUGACUGAGGGUUCACAUGACUCGGGGUAUAUCUCCUGUUUCACUUAUUUCGGCAGAUUCGAUAGUCCCGUUUGCCUCGGGGAGUUAAAGAGAAGGCAAAGGCGGUAACGUAACUUAAAAACAACAACAUUGAAACGUCAGUCGCGACGACGAAAAUUGGCACUGUUUUCGCCAAAUGUGUGGAAUCUACUGCUUCAAACACCGAUCUUACCUAGUCUGAUGAAGAAAGAUGGCGUCGGUUUGGGAUGAGGCGGAGGAUGGAAUUGGCGAGGAGGUCCUGAAGAUGUCUACGGAAGAGAUAGUGCAGCGGACCCGCCUGCUGGACAGCGAGAUCAAGAUCAUGAAGAGUGAGGUGCUGAGAGUAACCCAUGAGCUGCAAGCUAUGAAAGAUAAGAUCAAAGAAAACAGUGAGAAAAUCAAAGUGAACAAAACCCUGCCAUAUCUUGUUUCCAAUGUCAUAGAGCUGCUAGAUGUUGAUCCCAAUGACCAGGAGGAGGAUGGAGCAAAUAUUGACCUUGAUUCUCAAAGGAAGGGCAAGUGUGCUGUGAUUAAGACCUCUACUCGACAGACUUAUUUUCUGCCUGUGAUUGGAUUGGUUGAUGCUGAAAAGUUGAAGCCGGGAGAUCUGGUGGGAGUGAACAAGGACUCUUACCUGAUUCUGGAGACCUUGCCCACAGAGUAUGACUCACGGGUAAAAGCCAUGGAGGUGGAUGAGAGGCCUACAGAACAGUACAGUGAUAUUGGGGGACUGGAUAAACAGAUCCAAGAGCUGGUAGAAGCUAUUGUCUUGCCAAUGAAUCAUAAAGAGAAAUUUGAAAACCUGGGUAUCCAGCCUCCUAAAGGGGUCCUUAUGUAUGGACCUCCAGGAACAGGAAAGACACUUUUAGCCCGAGCAUGUGCUGCACAGACAAAGGCUACAUUCUUGAAGCUGGCUGGCCCACAGCUGGUGCAGAUGUUCAUUGGAGAUGGAGCCAAGUUAGUACGAGAUGCCUUUGCAUUAGCCAAAGAGAAAGCACCUUCUAUCAUCUUUAUUGAUGAACUUGAUGCCAUAGGCACAAAGAGAUUUGACAGUGAAAAGGCUGGUGAUCGGGAGGUACAGAGGACCAUGUUGGAACUGCUGAACCAGCUUGAUGGAUUCCAACCCAACACGCAAGUGAAGGUGAUUGCUGCAACCAACCGUGUGGAUAUCCUAGACCCUGCUCUGCUCCGUUCAGGACGACUGGAUCGCAAGAUUGAAUUUCCAAUGCCCAAUGAGGAGGCCAGAGCCAGGAUUAUGCAGAUCCAUUCACGCAAGAUGAAUGUCAGCCCUGAUGUGAAUUAUGAAGAGCUCGCUCGCUGCACAGAUGACUUCAAUGGUGCACAGUGCAAGGCGGUGUGUGUGGAAGCAGGGAUGAUUGCCUUGCGGCAUGGCGCUACAGAGCUUACCCAUGAAGAUUACAUGGAAGGAAUCUUGGAGGUUCAGGCCAAGAAGAAAGCAAAUCUACAAUAUUAUGCCUGAUUCUUGCACCUGAAACUGGUUAUUAAGGCAGUGGCUGAGAAACCAGGAUCAAAACAGUUGGAUCUGGAACUGUGUUACUUUCUUUUACCUAAUUGGGGUAGGGGGAAUAAAGCAUUUGCUUUGACUAAGGCAGCUGUUAUGUUACUACAGCUUGAAGAAAAAAUUAAAUCCACAGGAUGGUGCUCAUAUGCAUGUAUGAGGCAUAUGUGUGUUCCUUUUAACCCCUUAAAAACACAAAAAUUGGCACAGAAGAGCCCAAAUCUGUCAUAUCUUGCUUGUGUGGUUGAAUUCUUAAUUCUUUAAGGUUACUCUUCCACCCAUAGUGCUCCAGUUCCUGCCUAUGUAUUCUUACAUUCCUUAUACAGCAGUUGAACUAAAGAGAGGUAUACUGAAGUCCCUACUGGUUGUAAGUUUGUGCCAAUUAGCCUGCUUGUUCCCUGGAAGUAAUUUGAUAGUACUAUGAGGUGAAACUUGUCCUAUAUUCUCAUUAGGCUUUAUAGGCAGGAGAUGAGGAGAUCAACAGCUGGGAGUGAUGACAGAGGCUGACUGUAGAAAUGAGUGACAUUCCUGUCUCCCUGUGUGUUAAACUGCAUAACAGAGUUUCUCUAGCAGCUGUGGUGUUUGUAAAAGUAUAGAAAAUUCAUGCCAGUCUUUUAGUGAGAUCCAAAAGGCUGAGAAUUUCCAGCCUCUCACCAUAACCGAGCCUUUUAAUUUAAUGCCUCUUGAAACUUACAACUUCAUUUAAAAAUCACAAUUUCCAUGAAUACAUUGACUUUAGCACUGAGUAAUUAAUUACAUGCCACUUAAAAAUACAAUGUAAACAGCCCUCCAAAAAUGUUUCUGUGUAGUCUUUUGGGGACACAGAAAAGGAGUACAAUGAGGAAAGACCAGUGCUUCCCUUCAGCACCAUUGUUGAUGUUCCUGAGUUAGGCCCAGCUCUUGUUGUUCACCUGCAUACAGAGUCCCUUUAAUAAUAAAAAAAUGCUUCUUUUUCUGUUAGCAGAGGAUGCUA